UCUUUUCUUUCUAGUAUAAUAAUAAUAGAGCAUAGAAAUGAUACUUUUAAUCUCUCUCUCUCUCUCUCUGUUUCUUUCAUAACCGAUGGAGGAGACAGGAAGACCUUUUCUUCUACCUUCUUUCCGAUCACUCCCAACCAGGCUCAGAUCUAAAUUGCUGCAGCAUGAUGAUUCUGUUCGGAGAGGAACGGGUUUCUUCAAGUCGGGCAAUCCCAAGAAACAUAUUAGAGAUCUUAAAAAAAUUAUAGACUUAUUAAACAAGUCGAUUGAAGAUCAUGCAAAAGAUGAGAAAGAAUACCUGGACAUGGCUGCAGAGACAUCCAGAAAGCUUGAGGCAUCCGGAAAGCUUGAGGCACUUGGCAAAUCCGUGUUUGAAUCCACAAAAAAGUAUCUUUUGUCAGCUAAGGACAUAGCUCAUCGUGGUAUUGCAUACCAUGCCGGUUGGAUACUGGUUCUUCGAUAUGAAGUGGAGUACGUCCAAAGACGCCUUAAAAAACAGAUUGAAGCACUGCAGGAUGAAGAGUUCUUCACCGCCCAAAAGACUAGAAGACGUCUAUUUUGUUUCUUCUUUUAACUUGUCCCUUUUCUUUACAGUCUCUUUUUUUUCUAUCUAUUCUAGACUACCCCCACUAAUCCAUAGAUCAGUUAUGUAUGAAUGGUUUAAGUUAAUGAAUUAUUUCCUGUAAUCUAUAAUAUGCCAAGUUGUUGCUGCUUA